AUGUCUCGACGUCUGUUUCAUCUCCGCAUUCGGCGCUAUUCAAAUUGCACUUGUUACAGCUUCAAUUGUCAAUCGAAUGGCCACUUUUCAAGAGAAUUUUAUCUCGAGAUCCGUCUCUUCUUAUCUAUCUAUCUAUCUGUCUAUCUAUCUAUCUAUCUAUUCAUAUGUAUCUAUCAAUCGAAUCGGUCUCUUCACAUGUAUUUAUCUAUUCAGUCUCUUCAUAUUUAUCUUUUCAUCUCUUCAUAUCUCUCUCUCUCUCUCUAUCUAUUCAAACUCUUUAUAUCUAUCUAUCUAUCUUUCUAUCUAUGUAUCUGUCUACGUGUAUCUAUCAAUCUAAUCAGUCUCUUUAUAUCUAUAUAUUCAUAUGUAUCUAUCAAUCGAAUCGGUCUCUUCACAUUUAACUAUCUAUUCAGUCUCAUCAUAUUUAUCUUUUCAUCUCUCUCUCUCUCUCUCUCUCUAUCUAUCUAUCUAUCUAUUCAAACUCUUUAUAUCUAUCUAUCUAUCUAUCUAUCUAUCUAUAUAUUUAUCUAUUUCAACCUAUUCUUGUUUAUCGUCUAUCUAUCUAUCUAUCUAUCUAUCUAUCUAUCUAUCUCAGUCAGUCAGUCAGUCAAUAUCUAUCAAAUUCAGUCUGUCCUUAUAAUCUAUCCUAGUCUGACCAUAUUAUAUCUAUGUAAUUUUAUUCUGUCAAAAUAUCUAUCUAUCUAUCUAUCUAUCUAUCUAUCUAUCUAUCUAUCUAUCUGUAUGUAUGUAUGUUUUUCAAAUAUUGUAGCAGUAAAAGUUCCCAUUUGUUAG